CCCAAAAAUCGCUCGUUUUCUCAACUAUAUACAGUACGUUUCGGUCCUCAAUUCCGCCUCGUUCCCCACCCAACCUCAUUUUCCCACGAUACUACGACAGGUUACCCACUCUGCCACUCAACAACACCACGACAGACGACAGACCACAGCUUCUCCACUAACGAUGGACACAAGCCGCAUGAAGUUCGUCUCCCGCGGCGGAACCCAGCUCGAUAUCUUCUCCAACGCACUCGCCAGGCGGCAGUCCGUCUCCAACCCCGCGUCGAAUAGCGCCUCUGCACAAGCGCUGGGUGCUCGGGUCUUGGAGGCGAGAAAUGCGACGGCGAAGAAACUGAGUACUUUUGAGGGGGUGUUUAUUCCGGUGUUUCUGUCUAUUUGGGGAGUCUUGGCGUUCCUCCGGCUGCCGUGGGUGGUUGGACAAUCCGGUCUCGUUGGCACCAUCGGCCUCUUCACCCUCGGCUACUUCCUCACUGGCACCACAGCACUCUCGCUCUCCGCCAUCUCCAGCAACGGGCAAGUCGGCGGCGGCGGGCCAUACUAUGUCAUAUCACGGUGUCUCGGUCCCGAAUUCGGCGGGUCUAUCGGCGUGCUUUUUUACUCAGGCACGGUGCUUGGGGCUGUGUUGAAUCUGUUGGGAUUCGUUGAGCCGCUGUUGGCGUCGUUUGGGGAGGAGAAGGGGAUGUUGGGGAAGGUGCUACCGGAGGGGGUUUGGUGGCAGUUGUUGUAUGCGACGUGUGUGGGGCUGCUUUGUGUGGCGUUGUGUUUGGUGGGGUCUGCGGUCGUUGGUCGACUUUCGGUCUGGCUCGCGAUCGCCCUUCUCGUCUCCACCUUCUCGGCAAUGGGGUCUCUAGCCCUGCGACUACCUUUCGGAGACCCGGACUCAAGCGUCUACUUCAACGGCUUCAACAGCGUCACCCUGCACGCAAACCUGUUCCCCCACUUCACAACCGACUUAGGCGUGCAGCAAAGUCUACGGUCCGUGUUUUCCAUCGUCUUCCCCGCCUGCACAGGUAUCCUCGCCGGCGCCUCCAUGAGCGGCGACCUAAAAACUCCCAGCCAGUCCAUCUCAAAAGGGACCAUUCGCGCGAUGGGGUUCACGUACAUCUUGUAUGUCGUCCUGGCGCUGUUGAUUGCCGGGUCGAUCGAUCGGGCGGUGUUGAGGACCGAUCUGAAUGUUUUGCAGGAUGUGUCGAUUGUUCCGGCGUUGGUGGCUGUGGGUGUCGCUGCUACGUGUUUCUUUUCCGCGUUGGGGAGCUUGCUUGGGGCUGCGAAGAUGUUGCAGGCGAUCAUCAGAGACGAUCUACUUCCCAUUCCUGCUAAAGCUCGUGAAGCCCUGUCGGGCGGGGAUGAACCUGUAUGGGCGAUUUUCUUGACGUUCGGCCUGAUCCAAGCUGCGCUGUUCGCAGUUAGCGAUAUGAAUCAGAUUGCACCUUACGUUGCGAUGUUUUCGCUGCUGACGUUCGGAGUCCUGAACCUCGCCUGCCUCCUCCUCCGCAUCUCCGGCUCCCCCAACUUCCGCCCGUCCUUCAAAACCUUCUCCUGGCGCACCGCCGCCUCGGGUUUCGCCGGCUGCCUGGUCGCCAUGUUUGUCGUAGAUGACAUCCACGCCAUGUACUCCUGCGUGUUGGGAGGCGCUUUGUUUGUGGUUAUUCAUUACUCAGCGCCGCCGAAGAGUUGGGGGGAUGUUACGCAGAGUUUGAUUUAUCAUCAGGUCCGGAAGUAUCUCCUGCGGUUGGACGUUAGGAAGGAUCAUGUCAAGUUUUGGCGUCCCCAGAUAUUGGUCCUUGUACAAGACCCUCGGCAGGAUUUGCUUUUCAUAAAGUUCUUAAACGACAUGAAAAAAGGCGGCCUCUUCGUCCUAAGUCACAUCAUAAAAGGAGACUUCACUACCAAGCUACCAGACUACAAGAGGCAGCUCCCCGCCUGGUUGCGAUACAUCGAUAUCGCCCAUGUCAAGGCGUUCGUGCAGCUUACGAUUUCGCAGAACGAGCGUGUUGGGGCGCAGAAUUUGCUUUUGGGGGGCGGCCUGGGUGGGAUGAAGCCGAAUAUUAUCGCCCUAGGCUUCCUCGAAAGCAACCGCCGCACCCCCGACUCAGACGAGGAAUCCCUCACAGGCUCCCACACCGGCGGCGCCUUCACCAUGUACUCCCGCACCAGCCCCGCACACAACCUCGCGGAACAAGUCGAGGAACUCAACAGGGACCCGUUAGCUGCCGACCUACCCAACUCCGUCGAUCUGGACGACGGGAUCGCGGAGACGGAUUAUGUGGGGAUUAUUGAGGACGCGUUGGCGUUGGAUAAGGCGGUUGCGGUGGCGAGGGGGUUCGAGAGGUUGGAGAGGGGGCCGGAGGUGAGGAGGAAGAGGAUGGCGCAAGGGAGGUUGACGAGUUAUGCUGUUGAGGAGUAUAAGCGGUUCUCGAUCUUCCUCUCCAACCGCUUCUCCCAAGCCUUCCCCGACAACGUCAUGUUCACAUCCCCCAACGAGGCCUCCCCACUCCUCCCUUCCAACUCAAGCACCACUUCCAGCGGCUCCGACUCCCAAACCAAAGAACCACCCAAACCGCAGUACAUCGACCUCUGGCCAAUGCAGCUAGCCCAAUCGGGUAGCGGCAGGGGAGCGUACAGCUUUGAAUCGUACACGAUGGUGCUGCAGUUGGGAACGAUCUUGCAUAUGGUCCCGCAUUGGAGGGAUAGCUAUAAGCUCCGGACGGUGGUUUUUGUGGAGUUUGAGGGGGAUGCGGAGGAGGAGAGGGUUAGGGUGGCUGCACUGCUGCGUGGUCUCCGUGUUGAUGCUGAGGUACACAUGGUCUACCUCCGCCCACACACCGGCCCCUCCUCAUCACCCGAAUACGAACGCAUCUGCCGCGAAAUCUCCCGGAACAUCAGCCCGACCGAUACCUCACGGCGUCUAUCCGCCCGAUUAUCAAGCACACGUCUCUCCCGCGAAUACCUCUCCACGUUCAACGUCAAAGAUUACGAUGGUGAUGCGGAAUCAUCUCGCGGUGUUCGGUCACCACCAUCGCGGAGACAGAUACCGAUAUUCGACAGCCUCCCAACCCGCAUGCAACAUAUAAUCCUAAACGAAUUGUUGCAACAUUGGUCGGGGCAUGCGACUACGGCGGUAGUUUUGAUGACUUUGCCGGCGCCGGAGCCUGGAACGGCGGAUAAUAGUGAGAGAUCGACGACGUAUUUACAGGAACUGGAUUUGUUGACGAAGGACUUGCCGCCGACUUUGUUGGUGCAUGGGAAGGGGUUGACUGUUACUAUGGAGCUAUGAGAGUGCUUUCCUCUAGGUAUCUUUACGGGCGGUGGUACAUGGUUGGACAUCCAUCCCUAUUAUAUUAGAGGGCGGCGGCGUACGUGUAAAUAGGACCUUGAGAUUCAAACGCAAAUAAGAAGUUGUCACCACUUUCGAAAUACCGAAUCAUAAAUGAUACAUUGUGUUAUGCAGCACAUUCAGUCGUUG